GGUUGCGUCCUGUUCUUUUUAUAGCUGGGCAGCCGAAAUGUGAGGGGUCACAAUGGGAGGAUAAAUACAACGGCCAGCAGACCAGAGGGUUGUCGCAGACGAAGCCUGGAUCUUCUCCUCCCUCUUCUCUCAGCUCUCCUCCCACGGUCAAAGAGUCAGGAUGCCUCACGCAUUUCCCUUCCUCACUCCUGAGCAGAAGAAGGAGCUCAGUGAUAUUGCUCACAAGAUUGUUGCCCCUGGCAAGGGAAUCCUUGCUGCUGAUGAGUCCACUGGUAGUGUGGCCAAGCGCUUCCAGGGCAUCAAUGCUGAGAACACUGAGGAGAACAGGAGGCUGUACCGCCAGCUCCUCUUCACUGCUGACGACCGCAUGAAUCCUUGCAUUGGUGGUGUCAUCCUCUUCCACGAGACUAUGUACCAGAAGGCCGACAAUGGCAAGACCUUCCCCCAGUAUCUGAAAGAUAGACACAUGGUUGUUGGCAUCAAGGUUGACAAAGGUGUCGUUCCCCUUGCCGGAACCAACGGCGAGACAACCACCCAGGGUCUUGAUGGACUGUAUGAGCGUUGCGCCCAGUACAAGAAGGAUGGUGCUGACUUCGCCAAGUGGCGUUGUGUUCUGAAGAUCACCCCUACCACUCCCUCAAGGCUGGCCAUCGUUGAGAACGCCAAUGUCCUGGCUCGCUAUGCCAGCAUCUGCCAAAUGCACGGCAUUGUCCCUAUUGUUGAGCCCGAGAUUCUUCCCGAUGGUGACCAUGACCUGAAGCGCACCCAGUACGUUACUGAGAAGGUCCUGGCUGCCGUGUACAAGGCUCUGUCCGACCACCAUGUGUACCUGGAGGGAACCCUGCUCAAACCAAACAUGGUUACAGCUGGACACUCUUGCUCACACAAGUACACCAACCAGGAGAUUGCCAUGGCAACUGUUACCGCCCUGCGCCGCACCGUGCCCCCUGCAGUUCCUGGAGUUACCUUCCUGUCCGGUGGCCAGAGUGAGGAGGAGGCCUCAGUCAACCUCAAUGCCAUGAACAUCUGCCCUCUGCACAGACCCUGGGCUCUGACCUUCUCAUAUGGUCGUGCUCUGCAGGCCUCUGCCCUGAAGGCCUGGGGAGGCAAGAAGGAGAAUGGCAAGGCAUGCCAGGAAGAGUUCCUCAAGAGAGCUGUGGCUAACUGCCAGGCCGCCCAGGGGAAAUAUGCUUCCAGUGGAGCCAGCGCUGCUGGUGGAGACUCACUGUUUGUGGCCAACCAUGCUUAUUAAGCAUAGAUACACCACCACCCUCCCCCCACCCCCCUUCCUCCCUUCGACUUACCAUUACUGCAGCAUUACUGCACCAUCACAGAAAAAGAGCAUGUCCUCUAAGGCAGUACCUGUGAAAUUCUCUGUCCACUAAUAACCAUGGCAACAUCAAAUACAACACCUCGACAGAAAGCAAAAGUGAAAGGAAGAUGGGGAAACUUGUUCUGCCUCCAUUCCCUUACCUUUCUUUUUUUUUAAAUCACCUUUUGUUUUCUUUUCUUUUUUAAGGUGACAAUUUCCUCACUGUUUUUACGCAACUUACGCAUCCUAUUUUCCUUGGUUUGCUUCCACCUAAGUGCAGUAUACAACAUGUACUGGUACCAUGGAAUAAAAUGUUGACCCACA